CUACUAAUGAUCUACAAGGUUGUGGGCUUACUACACGGGUGUGUAAGCCCACAAGGAAUCUAGGUCAGUAGCGCGCAGGUGGCCUGAUUAUAUGACCGUCUAGGUGUAGGCUAAUGGAAAGGGAUGAGUCGGAGCAUCAUAUCAUUGUCAGCGUGUCACAGCAGAAGGCAUGGACACACAGUACAGCGGCGCGGUUAUGUGUAGAUAGUGUGUACUGUAUACCGUUCCAACACAGUAACUCCACGCCAGUCUAACGCACACUACACACCGCGAUAGCUCCUGUUGUGCGCCAGUGUGUUAUUUGUUAAAGGUGAGCUCAUUGUGAUCUGUCAAUGUCAGAGCCUGAGGAAAAGUGAUCUCACAGCCACCUGUUGAUGUCGGAGGGGUUGAUGGCAGUACAACUUUUGGGGUUCGGCAGUCCUCUCUUGGACAUAGUCAUUGAUGGCGACCAGGAACUGCUGGACAGAUUUGGUUUGAAAGCUGAUAGUUGUGUUCAUGCAUCAGGAGAUCUGUUGUCUAUCUUCGACCAUGUAGCAGUGACGUACCAGGACACCAUACAUUACACUCCAGGGGGUGCAACGCUGAAUACUAUAAGAGUGGCUCAGUGGUGCCUGGAUAUCCCUGGAUCAACAGCAGUUAUUGGAUGUCUCAGCAAUGAUGAAUUUGGAAAGACAGUCGCCGCUGAGAUGGAGAAGGCUGGUGUCAAGUGUUUCUUUCAGAUAAAAAAUGAGAGGCCGACGGGAACGUGUCUCGCUAUUUGUACUGAAAACAACAGGUCUCUGGUGACUCAUGGUGGAGCUGCGGAGCUGUUUUCCCAUGACUACUUGGACCAAGCACAGACUCAAGAAGUUAUUCAAGAAGCCAAGUAUUACUAUUGUUCAGGAUUCACCUUGAUUCAUUGCCCUGAUGGAGUUCAUCGUCUUGCCGUACAAACCAGUAAAGCAAAAGAAAAAGUGUUCAGCUUGAAUCUUGCCUCAGUGAACAUUUGCAAGAAAUAUGCAAACCAUCUUCAAAGUCUUAUGCCCUUCAUAGAUGUGUUGUUUGGAAAUGGUGAGGAAGUUGAUGAAUUCAUUCAAAUCUGUGGUUUUAAGCAGGUACAUAGUAGAGCUGAAGCUGCUAUCUUGUUGUCCAAAUGGGAGGUCUCCGGAGAGCACCGCAUGCCCCGUGUGGUUGUCGUCACUCAGGGCGAAAAGCCAGCUCUUUUUGUACAGGCAGGUUGUGUGCAGGAGUUCCCGCCCAUGUCAAUCUCUCCUGAUCAACUUGUGGACACGAAUGGAGCUGGAGAUGCUUUUGUUGGAGGUUUCCUUGCUAGCCUCAUUGAAGAUGGGGAGCCAAUACGUGCAGUAGCUUCAGGACACUUUGCUGCCAAUGCUGUGAUAAAGGAAAGAGGAUGCACUCUGCCGACCAAAAUUCCAAAGCCUGGAGCGUGACAAAGAUCAACAAUGUGUCCUAGAAAAGAAUAGUCCUCGAUUGUUGGUAUGCUAAGAAGACUGCCUAUGUGUUGUGCUGUGACUUAUAAUGAAGUUAAGAAAAUAAUGGCCUCGGCCAAAGUACCAGUUUUUGUGGUCCCCAAAUGUGCCUGCUGUGUGAUCACCCAAAUGAAACGCUGUGCUAUCAUUUCCUCCAGUACAAAGUACAAGGCUGAUUCUUUUGACACUCAUACAAAUGAAAAAGAGGGAGAUUCUUAUGCAGUUGAAAGUGACUGAGAGCAGACGGAGAAUAAACUAGAUGAAACUGUCCAACAGAAGGGGAGAUCCUGAGACUAUUACCUCAUGCUUAGACUGAAGGGCAGAGAUGGAUUAAAUAACAAUUGCCUUUAAAAAAGAUUUCCCUCAAUGUGAUUAUCAUAAACUUUAGAAAAGGCUAUGUUCUUAUUACUUGCUGCUCGUUACAGGCAGACCCUUUUGCGGUAGGGUUUAAAUCAGGACAAGUACAAGAGCCAGUUUCUCCAACUGUGCUGAUUGUUUUUGUUGAAGUUUGAUGCUCUACUAGACACAGUGUAGAUCUUUUGAAAGGUGGAGCACUUAAAACCCUGUCAGGACACCAGCCUGGGAGGAAUAAAUAGUUCAAAAGAGAAAGUUCAAAAGUACCUUUUCACUGUAUUCCCUGUUUGCUGGUCUGACUCAACUGCUCUGCAUUUAAGGACAUCAGAGCUACCCUUAGUCUUCUGAGACCAGUCUAUAAGAAUAAGCUCUACUUAACUACACAAUAAUUUAGAAUGUACAUGUCAUCACUUUUUGAAGCUUUGGGUUAAACAGCCAAAGCCCUCAUUGUGCUUGAUUUUACCACUUGACAAUAAAUGUUACAUUUUCACAAAUA